UCGACGCAUUACUGAGUGCCGGGAAACGUCUGCUCACCUACGCCGAUCCCAGUAUCGCAUUUGGGUUGUUUACGUUUGAUCACUACGGAGCAUGCAACAGCAACAGGGACAUCUCCGAUGCUAUCUGCAAUGCUUAGUGACGGGUCGGCUAAUGCUGAUAAUGCUGAUAAUGCUGAUAAGCGCAUUGAGACCCAUUUUCGCACACUUGCACGUAAGCUACAAAAGAUUCGGUUGCCAUUGUCCUCAUGCUCGGUGUGUCUGUCCACUAAUGUGGAAUAUUAUGGAAACCGCCCCAUGCCCCCCCAAACGCCGCAUGUACUUUACCUCCAGGGAGGAUGUCGUUGCGUUUGUCAAAGAACGCUACAAUGAGGCAUACGUGAAGGAGUGUCACCGGACACGUUUUCGCAAGAUAUCGGCCUUUCAUGAGCGGUGCCCAAAUGCGAGCGGGUGUCCACCAUAUCAUCCAUAAUUUGCUACGGCAAAAGCAAAAAUGGAUGAAGGUCAGCGAGACAUGUGGGGAAUGUACGCCCCUUACCUGGAAUUCAAGUGGCGUAAAAAGGGGCAGAAGCUGUCUCUAGAUGACAUUUUUGCUCCGGUUCUCCCAAAUGACCCUCUCGCUAUGCGGUCCUGGGCGCGGAUCCCCCAGUUUGUUGACAA